AACACUGCUAUCCCAUUAUAGCGGCUUGCGAGCCUUCCCCUCCACACCAACUUGCGUCAACUUGCGUUGUUUCCUCUUUUCCUUCUCCAAAGAACAAAACAAAAGAGCAACCCCUCUAAAACAGAAUCAGAAACGCAAAGAAAAGCAAAUGCAGCUGCUUAACGCCUCCACUCUCCUCCGAUGAGAUCGAGAGAGAAUCUCUGAUCGGUUUAAUUUUAACGUGGCAUUAAAGAGAUCCUGAGCGAGUCUCGUAAUUCGAGCUCCCUGAAACUCUAAAUUGUUAAUUUCUCUUGUUUUACUCUGUUUUAUUAGUUUUUCAUCGUUUAGUUCUCGAAUUCCGACAAAUGUAGUUUUAAAUGUAAUCUUUUUCUUUUUCUUUUUUUCACAGAAGUCUUGUCUUUUGAGAGAAUUUCAAAAUAACAAUGCUGACGUGCAUAGCUCUUUCCAAGCAACCCGGUGAUGACUCAAUGAGUCAACCCGAGGAAAUCGACUCUUCCACGACUUCUAGCACUAAGCACAACCAAGCCAUUAAAUCCCUCACUUCUCAGUUGAAGGAUAUGGCGCUAAAGGCGUCGGGGGCGUACAGACACUGCAACCCCUGCACGGUGCAGAGUCGGUUGAGGAACUCCGGUGGGUCUGACGCGGAUUCCCACAAGUUCAGAUGUUCGUAUCAUAGAACCGGGAGUUCAAGCUCGGCGACGCCGAGGACGUGGGGGAAGGAGAUGGAACUGAGAUUGAGAGGGAUAUCGAGUUCGAGCGGAGAAGCUACGCCGAAAUUGGUGAGCGGGCGCCGAGUCGAAUCGAUCGUGUUCGUCGAAGAAAGUGAGCCUAAAGAAUGGGUGGCCCAGGUGGAGCCCGGCGUGCUUAUCACCUUCGUUUCGCUUCCCCGUGGCGGCAACGAUAUCAAGCGGAUACGGUUUAGUCGGGAAAUGUUUAACAAAUGGCAAGCUCAGAGAUGGUGGGCAGAGAAUUAUGACACGGUCAUGGAACUUUACAAUGUCCAGAGGUUUAACCGCCAGGCAUUUCCAUUACCAACACCCCGACGAUCUGAAGAUGAGAGCUUAAAAAUGGAAUCAGCAGAAGAAAGCCCAGUAACACCACCAUUGACUAGAGAACGCUUACCUCGUAAUUUAUAUCAUCCAACAGGGAUGGUCAUGGGCUACUCAUCCUCGGACUCACAUGAUCAGCCCCCAAUGCAGUGCCGGCAUUAUUGUGACUCUGGUCUUACCUCAACCCCAAAACUUUCCAGUAUUAGUGGUGCCAAGACAGAGACAUCAUCAAUGGAUGCCUCUAUGAGGAGCAGCUCAUCAAGAGAGGCUGAUCGCUCAGGAGAGCUAUCCAUCAGUAAUGCCAGUGAUCUUGAGAAUGAGUGGGUUGAACAAGAUGAACCAGGGGUUUACAUUACUGUCAGAGCCUUGCCAGGGGGAAAAAGGGAGCUUAGGCGAGUUAGAUUCAGCCGAGAAAGAUUCGGAGAGAUUCAUGCUAGGCUGUGGUGGGAAGAGAACCGAGCCAGGAUACACGAACAAUACUUGUAAUUAAGCAAAACAAAGGUGGCUAUAGCUGUCUUCUGGCGCUUUUCUAAAUUGUGGGGGUGUGUAUUUUCUCAUUUCUUCUGCCAUACUUGUAGAAUCUCUUCUACAGCAGGUGCUACUGGCUACUGGCACCUGUUCCUAUUUGGGCAGCCAAGUUUUUCCAGCUCUAGAAAUAUGAUGCGGGGAUUUUAUAUUAGUAGUUUCUUAAAAAAGUGUUGAUGGAUAAAGAGCAUCAACUGUGUAUUUGGGUGGUGGUGAGAAAGGAAAUCGAUAUCAAUGAAAGAAUGUGUUUCCUCCUUUAUCAUGCUGCCAGCUACCUACAUGGACAACCAAAGGCUUGAAGACACCUUCAGCUUAGGUGUGACAUAUAUUAUAGUACAAAUUUAGUGAUGGAAAACGUGUAAACCACCAGAUUAAAUGCUUAGGAAGAGCUCAGGCAAAGUAAAAGUCAAACACAUCAACAAUAUUUUUCAUUUUAGAAGGAAGUUUUCCUUAUUCACAAUGUUUGUGUAAAAUGUAAAAUCUUGGCCUAUAUGCACCCGUCAAC